GGUCACACCGGUUCGGCAGGUGAUGGUAUGCGAGGUCGCUCCACCCUCCAGUGAGCCACCGCAUGUGCAGGGGGAGUGGUCUGAGCGAAACUGGACCAGGGCCUUGGAAACAGAAGACCACCUCAACGUAGAGAGGCAGCUCCCGAGCCAGGAGACAAGUGAUCAGGUGUACGAAGACGUCAGGAGUCCUCAUUGUGAACCUGCUGCUCCCUGCGACACUGGGGAGGACGAUGUGAUCACUCCCACGCGCAGAGAGGAACAAGUUUCACCAGGUGAGGACGAGAGAGGAGAAGCAGGCAGAGAAAUCAACAGCAGAGAAAUCAACAGCAGAGAAAUCAACAGCAGAGAAAUCAACAGCAGUGCCGACGCGGAUCCCUCAGCUGGAGCAGAGGUUGUUGCCGGCAUUUCGACGCACAGCACCGAGCUGCAAUCAGAUGCCACAGAGAUUGAGCACAACAGUGAUCAGCAGCGUAGCGAGUGGGAGGAUACGAUUACAGGGAGCGAGGACAAAAAGAGGACGGUGCCAGAACAGGUGGGAGUUGAGCUGUCAACCCUGAGUGUAGACACACACCCGCCUGAUACCGAACCUGCAGGGGAGUCCUCUGAGGGCCACGAGCAUCCGGCAGAAGAAGAGCCGGACCUGACUCCAGGGUCCCCGACGGCUUCGAGGACAGACGCAGCAGCUCCAGAGAGUCGGCAGACAAACGCCGACCAGGACACGUUUGACAAAAUGAAUUCAGGCUACAGCAACCUGAGCACCAAACUGACCCUAAGGAACUCGUCUUCCCUGGAAGAGGACGAAUCCAAACAGCGUUUCCAUAAAAUGUCUCUGAUCACUGAGGCUGACGACCUCGGACAGGACACGGUGGACUCAACUGAGUCCAAUGGAAGAGACGUCGCCUCAGAGUACACGUGGAGGAAUAGAUUUGAGGGUGUUUCUCAGUACAGACCAUACAAGGUACAGCAGGAUUCCUCUUUUUCUGACUCUCAGACUUACACAUCGUCUGACACUUACUCCAGCACCUCCUCCUCCUCCAUCUCCUCCGCCUACUCCGCUCUCCCCGGGGCUACAGUGUACAAACCUCUGAGCGACACACUCUCCUCCUCCGCCUCCUCCCCCGCUCCGGAGGAACACUUGAGCCUGAGCUACAGGCUCAGAGACGACAACGAAGUCGACCUGAGCCGUGAGAGCGAGUCAGCGGGAGAAGCCAGAUAUGAUUGGAGGAGGAGGAGCUUGGUGGAGCAGGAGGAGCCAGCUGCACCUGCAAGUGAAGGAGAGAGACAGAGGGAGGGAGAGGCAGAGAGGAUAAAGUCACGCUGGGACUCACAACCGCUCCCUGUGUCCAGCUUCUCCUCGGCCCUUCACACCAGCCACACCGACGGGUUCACACAAGACGACAACGAGCCCUCUGAGUUCACUGGAUUGUUUACAGCCACACUGGUGGAGCUGGUCUGCGAGCCUGCAGCUCCCCCAUCCACGCCCCCCGCCUCCCCCGACACAGACUUCUCCAACCAGCUGGACAUGGACAACCUGGUGGACACCCUGAAGAACAUGGGACCCUCCUUCAGGCCCAGGUCUAUUGGCCUGCGGCCACCUGCCCCAAACCUGAUGUCCUCGCUGCCUCCCAUUGUGGAGGAUGCUCCCAGCCCCAUCGCCCCUCACCUCCCUGCCUCCCUCACCAGCCCCGUGAAAACGAUGGAAACCACCGGCCCCGAGUCGCUGAAUGGGAUUUUCACUCUGCCACCUGAGCUGGGACUGAAGAGGAACUUCCCCAGAGACAAUCGAUCACCACUGGAGCUGCUGAAGACCCAGAAGGACCAGCAGCCAGGAACACGAGGCCUGAACUUGCCUCUGAGAGCAUCAGCUACCAACAGUAUUGUUUUAAGAAGAUUCUCUGACUCUUCCCCUGAGGACUUAAAAUCCCCGUUGCUGAAUGGAAACGGAAUAUCUCCGCCGCCCAUCACAGGCUCUCGCUUCGACAACAGUGCAAUCUAUGGAGGCUACAGGUCAUCGUCCAUAGAUCAGACAAUGGAGAAUGGAAGAGGCCAUCGUCCACUCUACCGAUCCGGCUCGCUUCCAGACACGGGGCCUUCAAGCGAUCGCCUGAGUGUGGGAAAGAAGGACCUCGGCGACCUAGGAGGGUCCCGCUUCGAUCGCUUCUCCUUCCUUGUAAACUCAUCGUCCUCUUCAGGCUCCUUGACCGGAGCCGAAGACUUCAACAGCCGCAUGAGUCAGCCUCCGCCGCUCAGCUUUGGUUCCCCACCUUCCAGUAACAGUCCCACCCGCCUCCUCAGCCCCACGGGCUCCAUAGACCUCCACAGGUCGUUCACAACCACAGACUCCCCCCUAUCCAUGUUUGGCCAGACACAGGGGAUGGGGAUGGGUGCCGGUGCUGGGACAACGCCACCGCCCCUCCUGCAGAGGAGCUUCAGCAGCGAUGGCCCCGGUGGGGUCCAGCAGACGUCACUGUUCAACAGCGCGUAUGGGGGGUCUCUGUUCCAGAGCAAGGAACCUGAGCCCGACAGGAAUCAAGUGUCAAAAUACAGAGCCUUCCCUGACGCUUAUCUCACAAAGGCGAAGGAGCACGGGAAGCUCAAUCCUCGUCCUGGAAAGAUGUAUAUCUUUGACCGACCGGGGAUGUGCGGCCAGAGGAUCGAGGUGCGCAGUGAUGUCGUGGACGCUACGUCCUGGGAGCUGCAGGACACCAUCUCCAUCAGGGUCGUCAGAGGAGGAUGGGUGAUGUACGAGAAACCCAACUUCAAAGGGGAAAAAUUUGCCCUGGACGAGGGCGACAUGGAGCUCUCCUGCCCCUUCAGCCCCCCGGAGGAGCAGCUGCAGAACGGACAGAAGGAGGAGGAGGAGGGCAAAGAGCAGAACGGAGAGACGGGUGAUGAGCAGACGGAGAUAACGCCCACCAGGAGCUUCAUCAUCGGAUCUCUGCGACGAGCCGUCAGGGAUUACAGCGUCCCAGAAAUCAGUCUUUUCCCAGAGGAAAACGCAGAGGGGAAGAAAGUCACCUUCAGAGACACCUCUGAAGAUGCCAGGAUUUUUGGCUUCCCCAUUAAGGCCAACUCCAUCAUCAUUAAUGCUGGACUAUGGCUUGUGUACGCACAGCCCUUCUUCCAGGGCGUACCACGUGUCCUGGAGGUGGGGGGUUACUCCAACCCUGCAGCCUGGGGUGUGGAACAUCCUUAUGUGGGAUCCGUGCACCCGCUCAAAGUAGGAGAACCACGAGUGGAAAAUCUGAGCGAACCAAAGCUGGAGAUCUUCGACAAGCCGUACUUCUGCGGGAAGUCGAGGACGGUAACCACCAACGCGAGAGACUUCAUGACCAGAACAGACAAGCAGCAGACGGCCUUCAUGUACAAUGCGGGCUCCCUCAAAGUGCAGGGAGGAAUCUGGGUGGGCUACGAGAAGGAGGGCUACCGAGGCCACCAGUACCUGCUGGAGGAGGGGGAGUACCAGGACUGGAGGGUGUGGGGAGGCUGCGAUGCCGAGCUCCGCUCCGUGAGGGUCAUACGAGCCGACCUGUCCGACCCCAUGAUGGUGAUGUUCGAGCAGCCAGAGGAGGAGCAGGAGGCCGAAGAGAACACCUUCGAGGUGAACGAGGCCAUUCCCGACGUCGAGCUGUUCGACUACAAAACGUCCACGCGCUCCAUCCACGUGGUCAGCGGGGCAUGGGUGGCCUACUCCCACGUGGACUACUCUGGGGACCAGUACAUCUUAGAGAAAGGUUUCUACAACAACAGCGCUGACUGGGGCUCUCAGGACCCUCGCAUCUGCUCAGUGCAGCCCAUCCUCCUGGCUCCGCGUGACGACUCGAAGACCCGGAACCAGCUCAUUCUUUACUCGGAGCCAAAUUUCCAGGGCAAGUGUCACAUCUUCGACCGCAACCAGGAAGCGCUGUCAGAGAAAUUCCUGACCAAGUCGUGCCGAUUGGUCAGAGGAAGCUGGGUGCUCUACGAGGACGAAAAGCACUCUGGGAACUUGUACGUCUUACAUGAAGGAGAUUACCCCAAUUUAACCAGCAUGGGCUGCCCCCCCAGCUGCAGCUUCCGCUCCGUCAAGGUCGUGCCGAUGACGUUCUCCAUUCCCUCCCUCUCUCUGUUCGGCCUCGAGUGUCUGGAGGGCAGAGAGAUCACCACGGAGACGGAGAUCCUCAGCAUGGCCGGCGAGGGCUUCAACAACCACAUCCUGUCGGUCAGGGUCAACAGCGGCAGUUGGGUGAUAUGUGAACACAGCAACUACAGGGGGCGCCAGUUCCUCCUGGAGCCCAUCGAAAUCACCAACUGGCCAAAGUUUAGCUCGCUGUCUACGAUUGGCUCGGUGUAUCCAGUGAUACAGAAGCGCCAGUAUUUCCGCAUCAAGAACACAGAGAGCGGCCUCCCCGUGUCCGUCCAGGGCGGCGUGGAGGAGAUGAAGUCGGGACGAGUGAUGGUGACGGCAGAGGUGGAGCCGAUGACUGACAUCUGGUUCUAUCAGGACGGAUUCAUCAAGAAUAAGCUGUCCACGACCAUGAGUCUCCAGGUGAUGGGAAACAUAGAGCCGGCAGCCAAGGUGGUUUUGUGGUCAGAGACUCGGCAGCCAAUUCAGAACUGGACGACCCGGAUGAGCGGCCUCAUCACCAGCCUCACUUUCCCUGGCAUGGUCCUGGAUGUCAAAGGUGGAAAAACGUACGACAAGGACCAUGUGGUGAUCAUGCCAGAGAACGACGAGAGGCCGAGUCAGCAGUGGGAGAUAGAGCUGCUAUAAUAAACCUCAUAUUCCUCUUUACUCAGUUCAGCAGUGCAUCAACAGUGCCUUUCUUUCUAUCUGCAAAAAUAUUCCCUUAGCAUUCUGCGCACUGGGAACCGACCGCUGUCACUGUCAGUUUAUUUAAGUGCCUGUAUUUUUGUCUGAACUCCCAUGAUCCGUAUCCCAAGUGUAAACACAAACAAUCCGAGGCCGGAGUUUCGAUGGUUCCUCUUUCUCCGAAGUCAGAUAAAGACUUUCUGUGCGACAGAACGACCACAGACAAAAAGACGUGUCAGUGCCUCGACCUGCUGCAGCGACUGGUGUCAUCAGGAGUUAAAAAAAAUAAAGAUUUAAUGUAUUUCUCGAGAUGUACUGAGCUGCAUGGACCCACCCGCUCUCUUGUAUCCAGAGAUCAGGAGCACAGGUUCACCUCCUCCACCACUUUGACCUUGAACUCAUCAUUUGUCUACAAUUUGUAUAUUCAAACCUACAGAAGAAUCUCCCUGUUCAUAUGUCCCCAGGCUCGUGCUAAUUUCCCUCAUAACUGUGUUUACGAUGUAGAAAAAGCAGGUUUUAAUAACAAUAACUUCUGGACGUUAUUUUCUUACUGAGACGUUCUACAGACGGAGAAUGAAUAAAGCCAAACGGAUGUGUAACAUGCAAGAAAUGCAUGUUCCUCUUUUAAAAGAUAUUUUUAUAUACUGUACAUGUAUCGUCUUGUUUUGUGGGAAGUGUUGCAGUUAUGUAUACAUAGAGAAUAUCACAUUAUCGACUAAAUGGGUUGUACGUGUCCAGUUUCUGUCCAGUUUCUCUGUUUUCUUGCUUUUAUUGUGCUUUUUUUGUCGAGUUUUUAUCAGCUGUAUGUUAAUAUUUGAUACUAAAGAUAUAAUGUAAAAUGUGAUGUUAAAGGGAGUGGUUUUAAAAUACUGAAAACAAAAAUAAACACAUUAAAACAAA